GUGUACUGGGUGGAGUUCACAACCAGGGAAAAGUCUUUGAUUAAAACGAGAGUGCCGCUUGGCAAUCAAACGGUAGGUUGUAGGGGGCUUGGGUAAAGGAAGUGCGGUGUGCGUAAUCAACAUGUUGGGGGGAUCUCAUAAUAAGGUGAAGUAUGGACUGCAAUUGCCAGUCCAGAAGAAGAAAGGGAAGGAAGAGGAGGGACUGAAAGGAAAGCUGUCCGUACCUCCACCUCGAGUGGCUUCCAUCUUCUCUCAAGAUGAUCAUGAUGAGGAUGAUGUUGAGGCAGAGAUUGAGCGUCAGGCAAGCAAGAAGCGUGCUGAGAAGGAAAUAGAACUCUUGCAUGCCAAAGCAUUGCAGGAGAAUCCUUUGGCAUUUGAAUACGACGCUGUGUACGAUGAGAUGACGGAGAAGAAAAUGAAACCGAAGACAGAAGAGAUGGUAUCGCAAAAGCCAAAAUAUAUUGGGACAUUGCUGGAGAAAGCCAAGCGACGGGAGAUGGAGCAAGAAUUGGUGCGAGAAAGAACGCUGCAGAAGGAGAGAGAAAGGGAGGAGGGCAUGUACGAAGGAAAAGAGAAGUUUGUAACGAGUGCAUAUAAGAAGAAGCUUGCGGAGCAGGCUAAGUGGAUCGAGGAGGAGAAGCGGCAAGAGGAGCGUGAAAAGGCUGACGAUGUAACAAAGCGAAAAGACCUUAGUGACUUUUACCAUAAUCUUCUUUCCAAGAAUGUAGCGUUUGGUGGUGAAAGCACUUCUGUCCCUCGGAGCCCAAGGACUGGUCGCCUGAGCAUGUCUGACUGCCAAAAGGUUGGAGGUGCAGUUGGCCUAGCAGCUCCUGCAACAACAAGUGUAGGAACCAGGCAAAUCGAGUGCAACGAGAGGCAGGAUGUACCAUCGUCGCCAAGUUCGGGAGGCGAGAGGACGAGGAGUAGGAGGAGACCUGGGGUCAGAGAAGAGGAUGGUGACGACGAUGAGUGCGUCGGCGAGAAAGCAAGAUCUGCUGGUGCUUUGCCAUCAGACGACGUUGGUAUGUUGGGCGCUGCCCAUCAUCGCAUGCGUCAAGAGACCAGUCCAUCCAAGCUCAUGAGGAGAGAAAGGGAGGAGAAGGUUAGGAGAAGAGGUGGAGAGACGGUAGAGGACGAAAAGCAGCAGGCAUCAAAGGCGGACAGCAGACAAAGCGUAGAUGAACACGAAGAUUGGAGUGCUCACGAAAGGAGAGAACAUCAGGUUGAGUAUCGGGAUAAGGGUUCAGGCGGACGGGAGGGAAGUAUUGAAGCAGAGAGACCAUUCUUGGGGUAUGGGGGGGGUAAGACGGCCAGAGAUGAAGUGGAAGAUGGCAGUGACAUACCAGACAGAGAGGUGGGCGCGGCUAUAGCACCAGAGCGAUUGACUCGAUCAGUUGAAGGGAAUGCCAUGGAGGCUGAAGGAGGCGGUCAUCAUCGUGGAAGGGAGACAGUUGCACACAAGGCGGCAGUGUCACUCGCAGAUGAGAGGCAGCUGUCAGCGGAGGCUGUUGCCGCGGCAAGGGAGAGAUAUUUGGCAAGAAAGAAGAUGCGCAAGGGUUGAGACCAAGGAGAAGCUCCUGAUUAAUGUC